GGGAACAGAAUGAACUUUCCACAUGGAUUGGCAAAGUCAUCCCAAGCUCCAUUUGCUGCCCCCCAAGCAGAAAUAUGUCAUGUAAUUCUUUCCCAUAGUAGUAUCUUUUUUGUUUUCACAACCAUUCAAUCCAAAACUACCGAGCCAUAAUAACUUUCAUUUGAGAGAGAAUGAACUUGUAAGUUUACAGCUUGAAGGACCUUCCAAAACUCCUUCCCUGACACCAUAUUUCAUGCUUACAAUCAUCAUGAAGCAGGUAAGUUACUGGAUUCCUCAGCUAUGGGGACCAUGCAGAAUGAGAGACUCAUUGUAGCAUUGUCGACCUGAGGGGAUUUCGAAAAAAAAAAAUUAAUUUUACUCGUUAUCCAUGGGACUUUCCCAGUCGGUGUAGUAGAAGCGCACUCCAGUGCACGAUCCCAGUAGGAAGGAAAGAGGGGAACUCAUGCCACUCUUUUUUGUGAGUAAAUAAAAUGCAAGCGGCAUAGAAGCUGCAAGUUUUCUCCUGCUCUUUCCUUAGCUUAGAUACUAUAUAACGGAAAAGAGAAGAGAAAAUAAAUGAAGAGGAUGCUGGGGAGGAGCUGGGAAGAAGAAAUUAUCAUGAGAAAGCAGCCUGGGCUGUCACAACCCAUCAAGUUCUAUCUAUACGGUCUCUUGGGAUAUUUCCUGGAGGUCAUGUACACAGCCAUCUGGGAAUUUGUCGUCUCUCGCAACUGGGCCUUCCAUGGCUGCACGAGUGUAUGGUCCUUGCCCAUCUACGGUGUGGCUGGUUUGGGGAUAGAGCACUUGUACUUCAACUGGCUCCAAAACACGCCCGCCCCAAUCCGAGGUUGCAUCUACUUACUUUGGAGUUUUAUGUGGGAAUUCUCAACUGGUUACAUCCUGCGACAUUUCCACGCCUGUCCAUGGGAUUAUUCUGCAUUUUCUUGGAAUAUCAAUGGGCUCAUCACCUUGGAAUAUGCCCCUUUGUGGUUCGGCGCUGCAAUUUGUAGCGAGCAGCUCGUCGUCAAACAUUUGCGAUCCAUUUCCUGGGCCAAAAACAAUAAUUAUUCUUCUGGUUCACUCUGUGUCCAAUGUCAUAAGUCCCGAUGA